UUUGUUUGCGUGGAGAGCUGGGAUAUCUUCAUAGUGGGUCACAAUGCUUCUGCCUCUGCUGCUGAGAGGAUUACGGCAGAAUAGCGGAGCUGCGUGUGCGCUCUCAGACGCAAAGAUGAUCUAAGGAUUUAUUUUGUUCCAAAUCGAACGCAGCGCAUUGAUAUUUAUUCUAAAGGUAAGAAAGAGUCAUGGCUGUUCGACUCUAUUUUUUUUUUUUUUUUUUGCACGAUCGAGUUUGGUUUUAGUGUGAGGGGUACUUUAAGAAGAGGGGUGGUCAGAUCCUCUCCAGGCAUGUGCUAAGGCGAGCUACAGCGAGGUCCUUUUUCAGCCAUUACUGUUGCUACACAGACAGAGCUGCGAGUGUGUGUGUGUAUGUGUGUGAAAACCGGAAUAAGUGUGUGUGCUGCAACAUUUGACUCCUUCUUUACCUCUCCAACCCUUCCUACGAUCUGUACUUUUUAUUUGACACGUUGUUUCCUGUGUGAAGGUUUCCACAAACGACGCGUCGAGCACAAAAUUACGCACGUAUCGGAUGAAAGAAAAAGACAACAAACCUUCACCCAAAAAAAAAAGAAGAAGCAGAAGAAAAAGAGGACACAGAUCCACAGGCAUGCUGAAGUAAAAGUUGCCAGUGUUAAAGUGUUUCCAGGUCAUAGUGGAGUGGGAGGAGACUGACUGAAACAAACAUUGUCGCCUUAUUUUUCCUGUUUUUUUUUGGAGCGCUUGUUUGGACUGUUCCUAGAAUAACACAUGAGAGGACAGAAAAGCGGUAAACACUGACUGACUGACUCUUAUCUCAGGUAGGAGGACACACUGGUAUUUAUGAUCCCUUGACAGCAACCAAGAAAUUUUUUGGCUGUCUGUCCAAUUUUUUCCUCUGCGGUGGUUCGGUAACCAAGCGAUGGCCAUGGUGAGUGGGGGCUGGGGAGAUCCCAACGGGGGCACCAACGGGUUGGGGGAUAAGGGCUACCUGAGGGGGGAGGAAGAAGACGGGUCUCCGCAGGCGGGGGGCAGCGACAUGGAGGCCGGAGAGGAUGAUAAGGCCUGCGUGGUGGACUGCGUGGUGUGUGGGGACAAGUCCAGUGGGAAGCAUUAUGGCGUGUUCACCUGUGAAGGCUGCAAGAGCUUCUUCAAGAGGAGUGUCAGACGCAACCUCAGCUACACCUGCAGGUCAAACAGGGAGUGUCAGAUCGACCAGCACCACCGGAACCAGUGUCAGUACUGUCGUCUGAAGAAAUGUUUCCGCGUCGGCAUGCGCAAAGAAGCAGUUCAACGCGGUCGUAUCCCACCUCAGCCCAGUCUCAGCCCCUCCAUUACACCAUUAGGUGGCGCCAGCGGCCUUGGAGGCAGUGAGUUUUAUAAUAACAACAAUGGAAGCGGUGGAGGUCAGCCGGUGUCGGAGCUCAUUUCCCAGCUUCUCCGAGCCGAGCCGUACCCGAGCAGCAGGUACGGACACCAGUACAGCCAGCAAGCAGGUCCAGAUAACGCCAUGGGGAUCGACAAUAUCUGUGAACUGGCAGCACGGCUACUCUUCAGCACCGUGGAGUGGGCCAGGAAUAUCCCUUAUUUCCCCGAGCUGCCCGUCCCAGAUCAGGUGGCCCUGCUGAGGCUGAGCUGGAGCGAGCUGUUCAUCCUCAACGCGGCCCAGUCGGCGCUGCCGCUCCACAUGGCUCCUCUGUUGGCCGCCGCCGGCUUCCACUCCUCGCCCAUGUCGGCGGAGCGCGUGGUGUCCUUCAUGGACCAGGUGAGGGUGUUCCAGGACCAGGUGGACAAGCUGACCCGGCUGCAGGUGGACUCUGCGGAGUACAGCUGUCUCAAGGCCAUCGCACUGUUCUCACCAGACGCCUGUGGUCUAACAGACCCUGUCCACGUGGAGUCUCUGCAGGAGAAGGCUCAGGUGGCUCUGACGGAGUACGAACGGAUGCAGUACCCGAGUCAGCCUCAGCGCUUCGGCCGCCUGCUCCUGCGCCUCCCCGCUCUGCGCGCCGUUCCUGCCAGCCUCAUCUCUCAGCUCUUUUUCAUGCGCCUGGUAGGAAAGACACCCAUCGAGACGCUGAUCCGUGACAUGCAGCUCUCCGGAAGCUCGAUCAGCUGGCCGUAUGUCCCGGGACAGUAGCCCCCCGAUGGACGAGGUCUCCGUCUGGGAUUAGUGACGACAAGGACCCACAGGAAACCUCCUGACUCAUCACUAUCCAUCUGUGUGGUUAACAAACUGCAGUGCCAGCUGGCCGUCAUAUGUCCUGUACUGUAACCGCUCUAUUCCCCUUUAUGAAAUAAGCCUCCAGAGAAGAGAGGAGCCGGUGCCAGGCUGGAUCUGACUUGUUGCCAGCCCAGAAGUUCUUGUGCCAGGUCUCAGGCCAGAGACCUGCUCUUCCUGCUGGGUUCCGAUAUGGCCACAACAGCCAGUCAUGUCACCACCCACAUGCCAUAGUGACUAAAGAUGCGGCAGUUUCAUGUAGAGGGCAGCAGCACCCUGCCACAAAUACAUCUAGAGGACAAAACUGUCCCGCCAUUUAUAGUCGGCGGAGUAAUUUUUCACACACUGGGCUCACUUUCCAUGGCUCACCAUUUGUGAUACAUUGAGAUACAUUGCAACACAGUGUCAUCAUAAUAGAUGUGAUUCAGCGGUCUGAUAAGAAAACUGAUUGUGAGGAGAGCGUCACACUCAAUACACUGGUCUCUAAGAAGCCAAGGAACUGCUCUUAUGGGACAGAACUUCAAUAAAACCAAGAAAACUUCACCAAAGUCUAUCCUGAGAGAUGGUAUUUAAAUGGACUCAUUAGUUCACACGACAGAGGAGGAGGAGAAGGGACGACGGUGGUGACUGCUCGGCCAUCAGACAUUGUGAACGGUGCAUUUAAAUUCAUUGACAGGGCUCACUGUUGCUGUAGUUGAAGACAAAUAAUAAUAAUAAUUAAAAAAAAAAAAACAGUUACAUGAGAAAGGACUAAUACCUCAGUAGACAUCAGAAUGCUUUAGUCUGAUAAACACAAACCUCUGUAAAUGUUGUUCACCAGAAACCGCCUUCUUUUUGACAACUGCCUUGUUGUUCUGUGUGAAUUUGGGACACCGGUUAAAAACGUGAAAUGAGUCUUAUAAGCAUCACAAACAUUCGUCUUGUAUCUUUUGAAAGAUCCCCGAAAUAGUUUUAAACCUUGUGUUAUGAGUUUGACUGACUGAAUCUGGUGAAUUCAGCUUUUUUAAUAUCGUUCAGAUGGAGCUUUUUUUAGUUUUUAUUUUUUUUGUUUAGGGAAACGGCAGGCUAACUUGGAAAUGAAUACGGUUUUGGUGCGACCAAUAACUCAAGAUAAAGAGUUAUGUUACGAGAUGUGUUUGGUCAGAGUUUGAAACAACACUACCCGUUAAAUGCCAGUUUACGUCAAUCAGUGCUGUCUCUGGUUCAUUGAUUCCCUGAAAAUGUAUUGAAGUGUAAAUAUUUUUGAGGCCAACUUUGUGUUUUUGCAUGUUCAGAUGUUGUUUUGGAUCUCUGAUAAGUUGAAGUUAUUUUAUUCUUUACAUUAUGUAAUUCAAGGUUCAUUUAAACCUUUAACGUAUUGCUUUCACUGUUAGCUCCUAAAUGUUGUUUUUCUAUAUAUACUUUCAUGAAAAUACCUCUGUCAUCUGUUCAGAUGUCAUAAAAAGAGCUUAUCCUAAUGCCAUUGCAGCUGAUAGUUUAUAGUUGAAACGCACAGAUGUUCAUGCUCUCAUCUGUGAGCAUUUAAGUCUUCGCUGUUGACAAUACUGUACUGGAUGAAAACUGGUGACAAAAAACUGCACCGGGAGGAUAUUCAAUGCCAAAACGUCACUGUCUCUGAGUAGUUAAAAAAGAUGGGCCACCAGAUUUACCUCACUAGUAUUUCAAGAAGCGAGUUUACAAAAUCACAACUUCAAAACACACUUAAAAUCACACACCUCUCAAUACAACAUUUUAUGUAUUUUAACAUUUAUUCAAGACAAAUGUAAAUUGCAUAAUAAACAGUUUUCCAAUCGAGGGGCAAAACUCAGCUUCUUGAUGUACCACCAGGCUUUUUGGAAGUUAUUUGGAUUUUUUGUUUUUUUUUCCCGUUUUAAACCAAGUCACAUAAACAUGUCAUAGAAAAAAAAAGAUGAAUAUACUCUUAAUGUUUUCUUAUCUUUGUGUUACUGAGUUUUUAAAAUUUCAUGUGUAUGGCAACGUUAUUAAAAGAAUCAAAAGAUGACGUGUCUUUUGUUAUAUUUGUUUUCUUUUUUUAACUACUUGAAAAAGUGUUGUAAUUGCAUCUGUAUGAGGAAUGCCAAAUAAACACUGCAACAUGUA